AUGUCGCCUCAGGAUUACCCGAUCCUCUCAGGUGGCAGCUUGCCAGCAGAAUCAGACCGCCGUAGCCUAGGUGCUCUGGCAGACGAGAUAUCCGAGCUAGAGGCGACGUAUCAGGACAGCACAAUCCAGGCAGGACAGGAAGUGGAAGAUUUCGCCAACGCCCUCGAUAAGUACACUGUCUCGAAGGCAUCGGUCGCAGUAAAACGCGCCCAAAUUUUCGAACUGGUCGAGCACUAUCACACCUACACCAGACAGAGAGUUAAGGCGCUCCGUGAGCGACAGUCCCGGGAGCGAUCUACUCGAGGACGAGAAUGGCAGCUUAUCCAAGCUGGGAGUAACUCGGGACAGGAUUCUAACGAUAUGGACUUCGAUGAAGGUGAUGACGAUGAUAGCCUCGCCGUUAGCCCUGAAGAGAUACAAAAGGUGGAAGAGGAAGCUCAGACUUGGGAUCUUUUGCGACGAAUCUUGCCUCUGCGAUACCGCGACUCCCCUCGUUCUCUCUACAAACCACCGUGCGAAGACCCGCACCGGUCUCGGAGGCAGUACUGGGGCGACUUCAUAAUAUCCGACUCCAUUGCCAGGGAACGCAAGAUUGUUCUAGAGUGGCUGCAGACCAGCGCAAGUUACGGUCCCCCAAUCGAUGAGGUGGUUAGCGAGCUGCAACAGAAUGCUGAGAGGGGCGAUAUUCUCGUGCAUGGGUGGCUGCACACUCGACACAAGAUCAAGUUGCAGAAGAGUGUCAACGCAUAUCAGGGGGUGCUCGACCCUGAGGACCCGGGUCUCGCCGAAUCGCAUCUCAGCUCUAAUACCCUAAUCACCCAGCUGGAUCCCGACGCCAUGACACGGCAAGGCCGCAAGCUCGAGCCGCAGGAUGAGUCUUUCGAGCGAGCAAUCUGGCUCGGCUGUUUCGAAAUGUUGAGGCGAGGGCACAGCAUGUCCGAAGUCCGCGACUGGUGCUCAGAGAGAACCGAGUCUUGGCGAGCCGCAACUAUAUCGAAACUACCCCUUUCGAAUCUAGACGAUGAAGAGGUGGACGUUUUCGAGCCACGGGCGGCUAUCCUCUGGAGGCGUAUGUGCUUUGCCACCGCCCGAGAAGGCGGCACUAGCGACUUCGAGCGAGCUGUUUACGGCGUCCUCUCGGGCGACAUUCCCAGCGUCGAGAAGGUGAGCAAGACGUGGGAUGAUUUCCUCUUCGCGCACUACAAUGCGUUGCUUCGGACCCAAUUCGAUUCUUAUCUCGUUAAACAUGGUGGGCCCGGCGCAGCCGCUGCAGCCCAAAGUUUCCCUUCCUUCAACGCCGUACAGCACCAUGGCGAUCCAGUCACGGCUGGGAAGCGCCUGAUUAGUACAUUGGAGAAAGACGACCGAACCAAGGAUAUGGCCUUGACGGCGGCCAAAGCAUUGCAAGGUGCGAUCCUGGCCAAUGACCUGGACAGACAUCUCUACCAGCAAGGGCUUGUGCUCUCUAAGCAUGCCAAUCAGAAUCAGAAUCAGAAGUCGAAGCUUAUUCCGGACUACGGCAUCCCAGCCCUGGACGACAAGACCGACAAAUUCGUCGACCUCUCGGAUCAUGAUGGCCUACGCGUCCUCGCACAUGUUCUUAUCGUGAUAUCGACUCUCGACCGAUUAAGUGGCUCCUCCAAAGACGAUGGAAGCAUUGGCCCCCUCCGUAUCCGUCAUCGAGUACAAGAGCAUGCAAUUGCGGCAUAUGUCAGCUUUCUGCGUCUUGCUAACCUGGAGAUGAUGGUGCCGCUGUACUGCUCCAAACUCCUUGGGCCUCGUGUCUACGAGACCCUCACAAGGAACCUCAUCCAGAUCGUCGACCAAGAAGCAAGAGUGAACCAGCUGAGCAUAAUGAGGAGACUGGGAUUAGAUCUCGCCGAGUUCGCCAAAACACAACCGCGGGUGUUUCUGGAGGACGUGAAAGACUCACAAGCGUCCUGUGAGGCCAGGGGCAACUUCAGAAUCCUCCAGGAUGGCCCGCAUACAUUGAAGUACGGCCGAAUAAUCAAGCCGGACUUCUUCGGGGAAGAUGCGGAGUUUGUGGAUCGAGACGAUGAGCUCAUCAUCCGGGCUAUGGAGUGGCUUAUGCUGGUGCCUGGUCUCUUCGUGGAGACCUGCAUGUAUGCCAUCAGGGUUUACACGUACUUCCUGAAGCGGAUGCGCUUGCGAGCCGCCCGCGCUCUCCUCAACCGAGUCCCUGUCAAGGACAUCAUCCUGGAGAAGACAGACAUUCCCCUCGGAACCCUGAACGAGGAUGGUGAUGAUACGACAUGGUUUGAGGAAUUCGAGUCUACCGAGUUUCCUGACGAAUUCCUAGAGGAGUGCAAGCUCAGCAGUGAAACACUCAUCACCAAGGUUAGGAAUCUGUGGGAGCUUGAGUGCCUUGUCAGAGCACUGGAUUCCAUGGAAACACUGUCUUCACUUGCGGAGAUCAAUCGAGAGGGGGGCAACACGUCUCGGGAGAUGUGGCAACGUGCUAGCGAGGAGAUACGGGUGGCAAAGGCUUCCAUGAAGCCAAUCCUGAAGGACUGGCUGCUGAUUGUCACUCAAGCCGAUCGUGACUUUGAAGAGCUGCGGGAAGCUUAUAUUCCCGAGACGGUCCUCGCGUACAUCAGCUGCUUACACUUCGUCGGGACAUCCCUGUCGCGCGAUAAUCUCCUGGAGUGUAUGAAUCUGGCCGCCGUCAUCGCCGAAAGGGGCUCGGAUGUCUCAUCCGAGUUCAUGAAGUGCGGGCGGAUGAAGGAGCUCGUCGAUGCCUUCGCUUCGUGCAGCAAGGCCCUGGCGAUAAGCACCGCCGAGAAGAAGGGCUCUCAGAUGAGUACCAAGAAGUUCAGGGAGACGGGCUGGUCGCGAGAGCUAUGGUCUGUCAAGCCUUAA